AAGUUCAUUAGGGGCAAAAUUCCUUAAUUUGAUAAUUAGAUAACACACAUACGCACAAAAAAAAAUACAAUAUUUUGCCACUUUCUUCAUCGACUCCAGGUAACCCUUCUCGUAUUUUCAUCUUCUUCAUACUGUUGUUCCCCUUAUUCCAUAAUCACAAUUAAUCAGUAUUAAGUCCAUCAAACCAUAUUUCUUGUUCAUUUUUUUUGAUGUUAAUCUUGGGUAUAGUCGAUUCUUGAUGCAUUAGCUAUUAAUGGUCAUGUGGGGUUUAAGCUAUUUGCAAAAUCUUUGGCCUUUUUCUUUGUUAAACCCCGACGAAUUGAAAAUCUCAGAUGGGGUUGUGAGGAAAUUGUCAAUACCUGAAAGUACGAAACAGUUUGUUUAUGCAAUUCAAGAACAAGAAUCGAAGGGUAUUAUAUAUGUAUUAUGUGUGCAGAAUUUGUCUGAGAGGUCAGCUGUUGAUGCUGAGUGUUUAAUUAGGGAAGUUAAGCCUGAGGCUGUUGUUGUUCAAGUGGGUAAUGGAGAGGAGGAAAUGGGGUUUACUGGUGGUGGGGAGGAGGGGUAUGAAGUGCCAACGUCGUCGAUAGGGGUGUUGAAGAGGUGUUUUGUGCAUAAGACUAAUAAGGAGAAGUAUGAGAAUGUGGCGGGGUUAGUUGUUUUGAGGGAGAUAUUUGGGGUUGGAUUUGAUGGGCAUUUGAAUACUGCAAAGAAAGCGGCUGAAGAAGUUGGUUCGGCUUUCUUGUUGCUUGAGUCACCGUUUGUUAAGUGUAGUACGUCGAGUGAGUGUGACAAUGUGGGGGAUGAGGGGUAUGGGGAUAGGUUUGGAGUAUUUGGUUUUGAGGCUGGUGGUAAUAGUUUGGUUCCUUUAAGGGCUGGGUUAAUGGUAUCGGGGAAUUCACGGGGAUUUCGUGUUACGAAUGAUGUUCAGUCGCAGAUGGUGAGGUUAUUGUCGUCACAUUUGGUUAAUUUGGGAUCGUUACAGAAGAUUGAGUCUGGGGAGAUUCAGCAGCAGUUGAAUUAUCAAGUACCGCAGUUUGCACAAACAGUUUAUCCGUUGUUGGUUGAUCUAUAUGAUAUUUUUGUUGAUAUUCCUUCAAUAGGAAGAGGCCUAGCUUGUGCUCAGAAGUUGUUUCGUGAUGUUUGUAAUGGAGAUGCUAUUAAUACAGAUCUCCUUUCUGAGGUUUAUGUCUUCAAGAUUGCUGUUGAAGGGUUAAGAAUAGCUUUGAACAAUGCUGGUCGGAUCCCACUUAGCAAAAUGGGGUGUCAGACAACUGAAUUUUCUGAGCUUUCUAUUGAGGACAAGUGCCAUGCCCUUCUUGCGCAGGCCCUCCGAAGCCAGACCGAGAAGUUCAAAUCAAUAGUUGCAGUAGUAGAUGCCAAUGGCUUAGCUGGAUUAAGGAAGCACUGGAAUAUUAAUGUACCUGAGGAAGUUAAGGAAAUUGUCGAGCAGCUGGUCACUGACUCUGAAAAUGAUGGGGAAAAUUCGAGCCAAAAUGACAGAAAAGGGUUACUAACUGUUAAGCCAGUGGUAGCUGUUGGGGCUGGUGCAACAGCAGUUUUAGGAGCUUCUUCGUUUAGUAAAGUUGUUCCUGCAUCUACAGUAUUGAAGGUUGUUACUUUCAAAGUACCUGCUUCUCUAAAGAUCAUGAUGACACAAACCCAAAAGGCCUUUGCUCUUGCAUUUGGAAAGUCACACGUAGUAGGCCCUGCCAUGGCAAGUAAUGGUGUCAAAUCAUCUGUCUUGAAGGCAGCUGCUUCUGCAGAGAAAAUACGUGCGGUGACACAUGGCGUUAUAGCCUCUGCAGAGAAAACUAGCAUCUCAGCCAUGAGAACGGCAUUCUAUGAAAUUAUGAGGAAACACCGAGUACGACCUGUUGGAUUUUUGCCAUGGGCUACCUUUGGGUGCAGUGUAGCUACUUGUGCAGGCUUGCUUGUGUAUGGAGAUGGAAUAGAAUGUGCUGCUGAAUCUCUUCCAGCAGCUCCUUCAAUUGCCAGUUUGGGUCGUGGAAUCCAAAGUUUGCAUCAAGCUUCUAAGGCAGUGAAACAAACAGAAAACUCCAGGAUCCAGAAGUCUAUAGAGUCUUUUGUGUACAGAUUUAAGAAGAUAAGUUUCUCAUCAAGUGUUCAUUAGUUAAUAAGUGAGCCCUAAAUUUUUCAUGCAAAUAGAUUUUAGGAAAGAGGUUGUGCAAUUUAUGCUACCUGGGUUUUGUCUGUAUCACAUGUCAUGGCAAGAAAAUCCAAUAAGAUGUGAAUGGAGUUUGGAGGA